CGGCUGGCCUUCUAGUAACGUGUGGAUCCCCAAACAAACAUGUCUUGUGGGUGUUUUCCUUUACGAAUUGACUUUACUGUGUCUUGGACUAUUACUUCGUAAUUUUUGUAAUUCGUGGCAUAUGUAUAGUAACUGACUGAAGAUGGGACGGCCGUGCACAAAAUGUCCGUCGACGACGGUGCAGAGUUGCUGCGGUCUUCGGAACCUGAGAGUAGCCAGCUUAAUGAUAGGAUUUUUCAAAGUGUUGCUGUUCCUCGCAGCGAUAGUAGGGUUAAUAUCAAUAAUGAGCGGCCACCACACAGGCGGGGCUAACGAUGAAGAAAUUGCUCAGAAACCCACAGCCCAGCUGAUCCUAGCACUACUGAUGAGUAUAGGAUUCCUGUUCCUGUCUGUUGUAUUGAUCGCUGGAUUGUUUAAGAAACGCCGCAACUACGUGAUGAUCUACUGGGUGGCAAACUGGGUAUGGAUCGCGCUCACACUGAUAGGACUUUUUACUCAAUCGCAGGGCGUACUGCAGUGGCUCAUGGUCUUCUGCUACACUGUGGCAGACAUCUACUUCCAAAUCGUGAUCCGAAGCCACUACCUGGAGAUGACGGGGGCCGUGGCGGCGCCUGCGCACCCACCGCAAUAUAACGCGCCGGGGAUCGCUCGAUUUUAGGGUCAAAGACAUUUUUGAAAAAGGUUUCUUCUAUGGACGAUACAAUAAAAGUUAACGUCUGUGGUAUAUAUAUAUCUCCUAUUUUUCUCCGUAGUACGAGUAUAUCAAGUGAGGUGAAUUUAUGGGCUUAGACAUAGAAAUGAAAGAUGGGUCGAUUGUCGCUUUAGACUAUGUUUGCGCACACAUUCCCAAUUUGAGGGCGAAUAGUGAAUAGCUCAAACCUUAAACGAUAAUCAAGUAUGUUUGUGUGCGAUACGGUUUGACAUGAAGUCACAUUUUGUCUUUAGCGACCCUGUACGCCUGUAGUGUGUAUCUGCCAACUCUGUGCGGCCAGAAUGUAUUUUUUGUAAGGCUUUGAACUUACUAUAUAUGUGAAUAUUGA